AGCAACAACAGCCACCGCAGCAACUUAUUCACACAUCUCUCCGCAUUUCUUCUUCAGCAAAAAACCCGCACUCGCGCGCGUGAGCUGGAUAAACGAGCAAAGAAAAACGCAGCACUUCUUGUCAACACAACAGUAAUCCAAAGGAAUCUCCCCAAAACACAAGCAAACAAACAAACAACCUAACGAACGAAAAUAUGAAAGGUAUCGGCCGUCAGUCUUUCCUGGUCGUGUUCGACUUCGACCACACCAUCGUGGACUGCAACACGGACGAGGUGAUCCCCACCGCCCUGGGCCGCCGUGACGAGCUGAUGAGUCUGAUCAAGGAGAAAGACCGCAUGCAGUGGACGAAGCUGAUCGACACGAUCAUCGCUCCCUUCUCGAAGGAUGAGUUGGUGAAGGCGGCGCACGACAGCGUGACGCUUGACCCCAAGAUGCCAGACGUGUUCCAUUACCUGGUGCAGGCGCAGAAGCAGUACGCGCUGCCGGCUGCUGCCGUAGCAGCAGCGGAUUCGAAGGAUAUCCGUGCGACGGCGGUGCAGGACAACAUGCCGAGCUUUCUGGAGAUCAACAUCGCCAGCGACGCAAACCUGCUCUUUAUCGAUGCCGCCUUGGAUGCCCGGUUGCCGUUUGUGAAGGAGCACCUCUCGCAGAUCCACUGCAAUCCUUACUAUGAUUUGACUGCCCCGGGCGUGGACCGGAACGCGGGUCUUGAGGUCUGCUACGGCGCCAACCGGCCAGCGCGGAGCACGAACGUAAACGACGAGGCAGAGCGCGACGCGACGCACAACGCGGGCCGGCAGCGCAAGUCCCGCGUGUGCUGGUAUGAGCCGUACGGGCACCAGUGUGAGUGCUGCAUGGCCGGCGGCAAGCCGAACAUGUGCAAGUCCCGCAUCAUCGAGCGGCUGCUGCAGACCACCACGCUCAUCGACCCGACGAUCAUCUUCGUCGGCGACGGCGGCAACGACUACUGCCCGAUUCUCAACGUGCUGCGUCCGCGGGACUACAUGUUCGCCCGUCGCGACUUCCCCGUCCACCACAUCCUCUGCGGUGUGGCGAAGAACCCGGCGGGGGCGGGGGACAUCGGCGGGUGCUGCCACAUCGGCCUCUGGAAGGAUGCGGGGGAGCUGAGGGAGCUCUUCCAACUCGCCCUCGAGCACCCGGCGGCGCGGCUGCCAACGCUGGCGCGCUUCCGCGACGUCUCGGCGAAGGAGUUCCGCUCCGUCACCAUGGCGAAGCGCAUCCCUGCGGUGCUGAAGCGAACCUUAGAGGAGAGCGGGAACGUGGCGGUGACCUCGGCGCAGGGACAGGCGCGGGUGCGGGAGUUAAUCCUCAACGCGGAGAGGGACGGCUUCGUGCCGCCGCUGCCGGGGCAGGCGCACGUCGCAGGCUGGCUGCGCAACUACGCCUACGUGACGGAGUACGACAACGCCGAUGCCGCUGUGGUGCACGACGUCGCGAAGCGCGUGGGCGGGGCGCCGGACGGGGCGCCGGCGGACAUCAUCGCACCGCGGUGGGGCCAGAUGCCGUGGCUGCACGGGGAAAUCUACUUCUACCACCUUCUGUGGCAGUAUUUAAUGCUGCGCGACGGUGACGAGAACACUGGCGCGAAGGCGGACAGUGCCGCUGCUGCUGCUUUUGAUGAGCCCCCACUCAACGUGAUUACGGCACACGCCUUUAGCAACCCCCUCUCCUCGCAGGAGUGUCAGGUGACCACCACACCGGGUCUUGUGAGCCCGCCGGUGGUUCCGCAGCAGAGCGCUCGUCAGUACGCCUCGCUGGUGUGCAACCCGGAAUUGGUCGCCGACGGCGUCGUCGUGCGCCGCGUGCACGCCGAUGCGAAGGAAGGUGUGCCGGCCAAGCAGGUGCCCUACGCGGACAUGCUGAAGCAGCCCAGCGGAUGUGUGCUGCCGCCGGUGGACGCCUUCUUUCUGCCGUACCGCGAUAUCUUCUCCCACGAGAAGCGCGACGUCCUCGUGAAGUUCAUCCACGCGCGCGUGGUGCCGAUGCUGGCGUGUCAGCCGUGGACAGCCAGCCGCGAGUACGGCGGCAUCCUGCUGCGUUGGAUGCUGUGGGGCAACGGCAUCGAUCUCUCCAUGUUCACGAUGGAUCAGCUGACGAGCGCCCACGCGAGCGGGGACGCGGCGGCUGCGCACGGCGGCGAGGUGGCCCUGCUGCAGGAGCGCGAGAAGGUUGCCUCGCUGGCGCAGGACGUCAACCUGAUCGGGAACGAGGUGGGUCGUGUGGAGGCGCACCUGCAGCGUCUGCUGGACCCGACGGACCCCGGCAACGGCUCGCGGCAGAUUGACAUCGUCAACGACAACGUCGGCGUCGAGGUCGUCUCGGAUUUGUGUUUCGGCCUGUGGUACGUGGAGCAGAUGGCGCUGCUGGGAGAGGCCGGCAAGGGCGGGCGCGUGGUCUACCACGUUAAGCCGAUGCCCUACUACGUCUCUGACGUCACACCGCGUGACUUCGAUCUCACGCUGCGGGAGCUGGAGGCGGCCUACACGGGUAGCGAGUUCGAGGCAGACGCGACGAAGCGGGCGGCGCUGAGGCACGUGCUGGAGCCCUUCGUUCAGCGCGUACGCGACUGCUUCGCGCGUGGCGUGUUCGCUGUGGAGGCGGAUACGGUGUGGACGCAGCCGUCCGAGUACCGCGAUUUACCCCCGCGCGUGCUGAACCGCUACUUCUACACCCAGCACGUUGCGACGCCUGCGAAGGCGGUCGGUGUGGCCGAGGCGCUGGCGGCGACCGGCAGCCCCAACACGCCGCAGGGAUUGUACCGCAUGAACAAGACCGAGGUGUACCCCCGCUCCGGCCUCGUGCUGUUCAAAGGAGACCUGAACUACCGCCGCCUCGUCGGGGACCGAUACUGGGACCGGUCCGACUUCAUCACGACGCUCGCCCCGACGGACAAGGCGGACCUGCACACGGCGCCGCAGGGCUACUCGGCGGCGGAGAAGGCGCUCGUGGAAGAGCUGACGCAGGACACACCGGCGUCCGCGCUGAUGGAUGCGCCGACGUUCCACGAGGUGAUAACGGCGUACUGGCCCUCGCACGCGGUGCCGGUGUGCGCCAUUCGCACCAUCAAGAGUGAGUGCUGCGUUGGUGUACCGGGCGACGUCAAGUCGAGGCUGGAUCAAGAGCUGGGCAUUGGGUGGCGUGUGACAGGCAAGUACGGUGAGAUCCUCUUCUCGGGGUAGGUCGAGCCAGUGGGAGCGCGGCUAAUCGGUUUCGUGAACAGCUUCUUGAUAUGCAGGUUGAGUGCACACCCGCUCUUUUUUCUUUUGAUUUUUGAAGCAUCUGCCUUUAUUUUUUUUUCCCUCUUCUCUCGUUUCACUUAGCGUCAACGUAUAUAUAUAUAUACAUAUAUACACACCUACACAUGGAAGGUUAAAAGAAGCUUAAAGAAGAGAACCAUCUGUGUGGGUGGGGGGGGGGGGGCCAAUGGCGAGUAGUCUCAUGAGGGGCACGCGGAACGCUUUCUUCUCCUCAUCGAAUGGCAGCCGCACGCUGCAUCCUUUAGUAUGCUUUCCUUUCGCUUCACAUUUGUUUCUUCUCUUUUUCAUUUGUGCGACCGUUCUCGUAGAGACAGGCAUCCGUAGGCUCGGCAAGUUGGAGAGAGGAGCCCUCUUUUUGGUUGGUUGUCUGUACCGUAAUUUCCCUUGCAUUCAUUGUUGUUCCUUCGUUGUGCCUCGCUGUGCGCGCGCGUGGGACUUCCGUUGCACUUCGUGAUCAUCAUCACGCAUCGAAGUCAACACCCAGCGUUGCACACGGCGCACACGAACACGAACAGCACCAUCAAAAAAAAAAAGGUGGCCCGAGCAAUGAUGCGUGGUGCUACGCACCCCGGCAUGGCGCUGACGUACACUGUCAGAAUGGCAUGAUGUUCUCUUGUGGCGCAUCGCUUUGUUUUACACGCUGGCGUUAUUUUUUUCCCUUUCUUUUGCUGCACGUGGCGUUCGCGGAGACGCCCCUCCGUUCGUGUGUGUGCGUGCGUUGUGCGUCCGCGGCGAAGUCGCUGCGUCCGCGAGAGAAGGAGAAGCCCACGAAGAUAAUAAAGCCGAUAUGCGGCCCCUCCUUUUUUUUUGUUGACAUAUAUUUCUGUGCUGUUGUAGUUGAUGUUGCUGGCGCCGUGCCAAGAAGAGGCGUUGCGGCACCUCUCUUCCGUGUUGAUCGGUUUGCUUAUCAACACACACACGCACUUCAGCUGCAGACGGUAUCGUACGUUUUGGCGGCGUCAGUUGAUUGUGGGGGAGUAGUUGGGGAAAACCCAAAACUAAGAAG